CUGUCAAGUGGAUCGUGCGUAUACUCUAUGGUGUAUAUCCUCUGUAGCUUAGCAUCGAGUGUUUUUUUGAACCGUAUAUAAGCUUCACUAGGUUGACGGACGGUGUCGAACAGCCACAAACAGCGUAGAAGAGUCUCGCGCAGUGGUGAUAUUGCCAAAGUUGUUAUCACCGGUGUCGUUGUUCCUGGUUUCACCUUCUUUGGACGAAAAUGGCGUCUCUGGCCACCGGUGUGCGUUUGUUAGCAAGAAACUCCAGCGGUUUUAGAAACUCGCUGGGUGGCCGAUUGCGUUGUACGAGCGGCGUGUUCGCUCAAAUACGAUGCGACCGGAGGCUGUUGCACUGUGUCACAAGGACGACGCUCGUCGUGCCGCAGGGCUUAUGGGACACACGCAUCAAGCAGGUGCGUGACUACAGCCAUAAGGAUCCGCUAACCCUUGACAUUAUCAGUCAGCGGGUGCUCUUGGUUCUCAAACUUUAUGAUAAAGUCGAAACCUCAAAGUUAUCAUUGGAAUCACACUUUAUGGAGGAUCUAGGUUUAGAUUCUCUGGACCAUGUGGAAAUCAUAAUGGCAAUUGAAGAUGAAUUCGGUUUUGAGAUUCCAGAUAUGGAUGCGGAAAGAUUACUAAGACCCAAAGAUAUAGUGCGUUAUGUUGCGGAUAAAGAGGAUAUUUACGAAUAACAGGCCUUUAUAUACAUAAGCGAUAUAGUUAACAUCUACCAUUGUUUCUAAUGGAAAUAAUGGAUCACAGCAUCUCGUACAUUGCUGCCAUUAUUUUUUCUGUAUAUAGCUCGAUUAUCUUUAUGUGAAUAAAAAAAAUAAGUGAGUUAUUA